AUGCUCACCAAUAACGACUCGAUUAUCGUUGCCACGGAACAGACGCUGCCGGAUCCCGACUUAUCCCCAACCAAUGUCUCUUCUUGGUCCCACUGCUCUGUGCAGAUCUCCAGUUACCAGUUUGUGCUGAUACCUGUACUCUACAGUAUCCUCUUCAUCUUUGGACUGGUAGGGAACAGCCUGGUGAUUUCAGUGCUGUGUCGACCAAAAAAUCUAAAGACUGUGGCCAACGUUUACAUUGUCAACUUAGCCAUUGCAGACUUAUUGGCCCUGGUCACAGUGCCAUUUUGGGCCACUUAUUAUGCUUAUGGAUAUAAUUGGCUCUUUGGCUCAGUCAUGUGCAAACUCUCCAGCUCGGUCUUGGGCCUGACCAUGUUUGCAAGCAUCUUUUUCAUCACAUGCAUGAGCGUGGACCGCUACCAGGCAAUUGUCUACCCGCUUCAGUCUCAGCGAAGGACGCUGCAGCGGGCUUCUGUUACCGCCCUGCUUGUUUGGGGUCUGGCUGCCUUGACCUCCCUGCCCACCUUCUAUUUCCGAGAUACCCAACGUGUUAAACAUUUGGACGUGACUGCCUGUGUCAUGGCCUUCCCAAAUGAGGAAUACUCUGAAUGGUCAGCAGGGGCAGCCUUAAUGAAAAACACUCUCGGCUUCCUGAUACCUAUGGCCAUCAUAGCCACAUGCUACAUCCGGAUAAGGGUGCGCUUGAUGAAAGCUCGAGGUUUGGGGAAGAACAAGCAGAAAAGGGACCGUGUGUUGAAAGUAGUAGCCGCUGUGGUUGUGGCCUUCUUGAUUUGCUGGCUCCCGUUCCAUGUUUUGACCUUUCUGGAUGCCCUGACCUGGAUGCACGUGAUCAAUGAAUGCUGGAUUGUUUCUGCCAUUGACACGGCCCUGCCGUUUGGGAUCUCCAUGGGAUUUGCUAACAGCUGCAUGAAUCCUCUCUUGUACUAUUUAAUUGGCAACCAGUUCCAGGAUAAACUCCAACAUUUGUUUAAGCUAAGGCUUUAUCAGUUCAACAGUAACAGGCAAGGUUUCCUCUCAAGCAAAAGUAGCUCGGUUAAAGACACCGACCCCCUGAAGGAUGCCAAACACGGAGAAGGAGACUCUGGAAGGCCCCAAACCCACCCACUGUGGGUUUCCUGAGUAGCAUCUGGAAGUUAUUACAAGAGGACUUUCCCCCCUUCUCACUUUUUGUUCUUUCUUGGAUUCUUUCUUGUCCGUUUUCGAGGACAAACUGUCCAAUGAAGAUUUCUUGGUUUUGGU